CUUUCGCAUGAAUCUUGUCAUUUUCACAGUUGUCUUUGUCGAACAAUAAUCAUGAGAGUAUUCCUCGUAGCCGUUCUAGUCGCGCUGGCCGUGUACGUAAGCGGAGAACAUUGCGGUGACAACCAUGAUUGUCACGAUCACGGGAUUACUCAUUGCGGCGGUAAUACCCAUGUUGUAUGCCACGAACACAUGUGUGAAUGUACCGACGGCGGCGCUGGAGGACAGUCUUGCACAACGCAAGCUGAUUGCAACUGCGGCCAUCAUGGACAUUGUGUAGAUGGAACAUGCCAUUGUGCAGGGAACUAGAUUGACUGCAAGUCUUGUAAAAAAUCUACGUAAUAAAGGAGUUGCAAAUUCA